GGUUCAGAAAACAGCAGAACAAAAGAGUAGGGUAAAUAAAGGCACAGUCGAAGCUCUUCCCAACUUGGUUGGAAAGCUCACGGGGUUUAACGCCAGAGUGAAGAAGAGCAGAGCCGCCGCCGCCUCCUCCCCGUUUAACUCCACUACCGUCUUUAUCUCUCUAGAAAUCUUUCUCUCUCUCGCUGUGGAUUCUGAGAAGUCCAGACACCAUUUCAGAAUAUGUUACGAACAAAGCAGCUCGGUAUCCUUUCCCAAUCUGCCAAGUCCUUUUUACUUAGUGCAUCACGAUGUAGCGCAGCAGAUGGUGGGAGUUCAUGCACUUGUUCUGAUGAUGAAACUUGUGUUUCGAGAAAGCAGCAGACAAGAAAUGAAGUGCGACAUGUACAAACUCCACCAGCGAUCGUAUCCAAAACUUCAACAAGAGUAGGUCCCUUAAUUUCAGGAGAUGCAGUAGAAGUGGUGAGUUCUAGCAAAACCGAGAGUGUUAACAACACAGCUUCUUUACCACAAGUUAUAUCUGCUACCAGUUCUUUGAGGAGAACAGACUGUGUCAGUUAUGCUGGUAGCAUUGACGUUGUUCAAAAGGAAACAAUGCAUUCACCUCCUAUUACAGACCAGUUUGUCAAGGCGGGUAUUGCUGCAGUAAGCUUUUUGUCCGAUUUAGUAAACUAUAAAAUUCCAACGUUAGAUGGGGGUGGAAUUCUUAGCUCACCACAGAGUUGUAUGGUUGAUCAACCAAGGCUUUCCAACAUCAAAUCCUCAAAUGUAAAGACCUUCAGAAAAGAAAAAGUUAAAAUAAAUCCAUCUGCUGAGAGAACAGCAGGGUCAAAGCCGACAAUUAACUCUCAUGGUACAAAAGAUAGAGGAGAGAAAUCCGGUUCCAUUAAAGGUUUGAAACAUGUUAAUAGCGCCGGGAAUACAGUAGAUAGUCAUUGUAAAUAUUCUGAUUCUCAUGAUAAGAAAAGGUAUACACCUCAGAGAUCAAAAGCUUAUUCAAACUGCUUCAUGUCCAAUGUACUGUCUUCAGAAGGAAAAUUUGUUGGGGAAGUAACAGAAGGUUUCAAGAAGCCCCCAAGAUCUACAAAAAUACCGACAGGAGUUGUGCCAACGGCUAGGCAGUUUGCGAGCACUGGGCAUGUGGUGGAUCGUGUUUCUCAGAUAUUGCGACAGUUGAAAUGGGGCCCUGCAACAGAAGAGGCUCUUAGAAAACUAAACUGUUCAAUGGAUGCAUAUCAAGCAAACCAAGUUCUUAAGCAGCUUCAAGACCAUUCAGUUGCUCUUAGUUUUUUCUAUUGGUUGAAACGACAAGCUGGGUUCAAGCAUGAUGGGCAUACAUAUACCACCAUGGUUGGCAUCCUUGGCCGUGCCAGGCAAUUUGGUGCAAUAAACAAGUUGCUUGACCAGAUGAUCAGGGAUGGAUGCCAGCCGAAUGUUGUGACAUAUAACCGUCUCAUUCACAGUUAUGGCCGUGCUAACUAUUUGGAUGAAGCAGUUUCUGUUUUCAAUCAGAUGCAGGAAGCACGUUGUGAACCUGAUCGUGUCACCUAUUGUACACUCAUUGACAUCCAUGCGAAAGCCGGGUAUCUUGAUUUUGCCAUGGAGAUGUAUCAGAGGAUGCAACAGGCUGGCCUUUCUCCUGACACAUUCACUUGUAGCAUCAUCAUCAAUUGCCUAGGCAAAGCUGGCCAUUUGGCUGCUGCCUACAAACUAUUCUGUGAGAUGGUUGAUCAUGGUUGUGUACCAAACUUAGUGACGUAUAAUAUUAUGAUUGCUUUACAAGCAAAGGCAAGGAAUUACCCAAUUGCAUUACAGCUUUAUCAUGACAUGCAGAAUGCUGGAUUUAAACCGGACAAAGUGACUUACAGCAUAGUUAUGGAGGUGCUUGGCCUUUGUGGGCGUCUCGAAGAAGCGGAGGCUGUUUUUGCAGAGAUGAAACAGAAGAACUGGGUUCCUGAUGAGCCUGUUUAUGGUCUUCUAGUUGACCUGUGGGGUAAGGCUGGGAAUGCAGAGAAGGCUCUGGGAUGGUACCAAGCCAUGCUCAAUGCAGGUUUGCGACCUAAUGUGCCCACAUGCAAUUCCCUGCUCAGUGCUUUCCUUAGGGUACACCGGCUGUCAGAUGCAUACAACUUGCUUCGUUGCAUGCUUAGUUUGGGUCUAAAUCCUUCUCUACAAACGUAUACUUUGCUACUGAGUUGUUGCACAGAGGCCCAAUCAUCUUUCGACAUGGGGUUUUGCUGUGAGCUAAUGGCAGUUACAGGCCACCCGGCACAUGCAUUUUUACUCUCCAUGCCGGCAGCUGGACCUGAUGGCCAAAAUGUGCGUGACCAUGUUAGCACCUUUUUAGACCUGAUGCACAGUGAAGAAAGAGAGAGCAAGAGAGGACUUGUGGAUGCAGCAGUUGAUUUUCUACACAAGUCUGGACUCAAGGAGGAGGCUGGAUGUGUUUGGGAGGUGGCUGCACAGAAGAACGUGUAUCCAGAUGCAGUUAGAGAGAAAAGUUCAUGCUAUUGGCUGAUAAAUCUUCAUGUUAUGUCGGAUGGAACUGCUGUUAUUGCACUGUCGAGGACACUUGCCUGGUUUCGCAAGCAGAUGCUUGAGUCGGGCAUUUGUCCUACCCGCAUUGAUAUUGUGACAGGAUGGGGCCGACGGAGCAGGGUGACAGGAUCUUCUCUAGUGAGGCAGGCAGUGCAGGAAUUGCUGCAUAUGUUCAGCUUUCCUUUUUUCACCGAGAAUGGUAAUACUGGUUGUUUCGUGGGCUGUGGGGAACCUCUUAACAGAUGGUUACUACAGUCUUACGUGGAGCGUAUGCAUUUGCUCUAGCAUUUGAUGCUUUAUUGGCUGGCAUUUGUUGCGCACGAAAACAGUUUUGUUGUGGAACAGGAACUUGGCACUGCCUCAUCCAGUCAUCCUUUAGUAUGUAUUUAAAUUAUUCUUGUGCAGCUAUUUGUAAUUGAAUCUAUCCUUUUACAUGUCUUUUGAUGCUGGUUUUUGAGGUUUUACUCUGGAUGCAUGUUUUACUUAGCAUCCUAUUGUGAUGGUGAGUGAGAUGCCUCCGGAUUGGAUUAUGGAAGAAUUUAUCAUUAUGGAAGUCACAUUUAUCGACGAAUAUUUGCUUCCUCUAAUUGGCGUGCUCAAGGGAAAUAAUCAACGCGUCAAAGAUUUAAACCUGCGUCUACUCAAAUGUGAUUGUUUCAUUAGCAGGUAGAUGCAGAAGAUGUUAAUAGGAGAUUUAAUCAUCGACUGUAAAGUUCCUAUUUCCUUGAGUUGGUUGUUCAUAGGUCUCAACAUUUGUUUCUGGAAGUGAAAAUCAUCGCUGUUUAUGAGGAAUUUGUAGAUUAUGGGCUUUUGUGGCAUACCGUUUUGGUUCUGGACCUUGUACUGUAGUUUAAUUUAAAUCUUUGUAGCUCAAGAAUUGUGAGAACCCUUGAUUUGUGCCAGUGAAAGACAUGAAGAGAAGCUUCUUAUGCUAUUUGUCCGUCUUUAUAAGACUGAUUUAUUAUUUCUUUUUCC